AUGGCGCCUACAAUUCAAAACUUAGCCCAAAACAAACCAAUAGCACCCAAACCAAGGGCACCUGACGUCCAGAGCGAUAGCCCCCAAGCACGCCAAAUUUCGGACAAAAAAAGGCCAAAAUGGUCCCCAGAAGAAGAUGUUCUGAUCAUCGAGCUUCGGCAGCGCGGAAUGGCGUGGGGAGAUAUCAGCAAGGAACUCCCCGGGCGAAGUGCACUCAGCUGUCGCCUGCACUACCAGAAUUACCUUGAGAGACGGAAGCAAGCAGAUUCAAGUCGGAAAUGUGGGCGAAAAUUGCAGAGGAGAUGUCCAUCCCCUGGAGGGCCGUUGAAGCUAUGCACUGGCAACUGGGAGAACAAGAAAUGGCGAGACGAUCUAGGACAGUUCCGUUCUCAUUCUCUCAACCCGCAUCAAAACGCUCACGUUCCGUUCAGCUCCCUCCCUUUGCGGAACUCGACGCCGUAUCCCAAGGGAACCGCAGCCACGCAGCUACUCUCUCAACGAUGGGUCAUCCUUCGGCGUGGGAUUGGACGUGGAUGGCGUGAUUAUCGCCGCCGUGGCUUCAUACCAAUAAUAGCCGUACAAUUGGGGUUCGAUACCGCAGCGUUCGAUUCAAAUUUUGUAAACAUCGCUAGCCAUACAUCAAUGGGAAACGUGGAGGGCAGGGGCUGUUUCUCCGAGCCUGCUCAAUUCGCCCUCAUCCAUCCGAUCCCUGAAACUGUCUCUAGCAGCCUACGAGUCCGUAAAAUGGUGCGGUCUUUCACGGUCACUCCUCGUCUGUCUGGAAAGGGGACUAUUAGCGUAGACGGGGGACUGAAGGUAUAUAGAGCCAGCCCCACUUUGCUGAGGUCGGUGUAG